AUGAAUACUUCAUUGACACGUCACAACGUUGAAUUUCCUGCUGAAGAUGGUGUUAUCUUGCGAGGUUGGCUCUAUGAGCCUGCUAAAACGAAUGAUGAUCAACAACUUUAUCCAGCAAUUGUUAUGGCACAUGGGUAUGGAGCUGUAAAAGAACUCUAUUUGGAUUUAUAUGCUGAAUGCUUUGUACGAUCAAAUUUUGUUGUACUUCUUUACGAUCAUCAGAAUUUUGGUGAGAGUGAAGGUGAACCACGACAGGAAAUUGAUCCACCAAAACAAAUUAAAGGUUAUAGUUCAGCUAUAACCUAUUUAGAAUCACGGACAAAUUUGGUUGAUGCUCAACGUAUUGGUAUUUGGGGUUCAAGUUAUAGUGGUGGUCAUGUAUUAGUUGUUAGUGCAAAAGAUAAACGUGUUAAAUGUGUAGUUUCACAAAUGCCAUCGAUCAGUGGAACACAAAAUUUAAAACGACGUAGAAAUGAAGAGGAUUAUCAAAGCUUAUUGAAAGCUUUUGAACGAGAUAGACAACAACGAGCCGAAGGACGCCCUCCAAGAGUAAUACCAAUAAUUCGACCAGAAGAACAAAAAGAUUGGUGGAAUUUCUUUGAUGUUGGUCAUGCUACAGAAGAAGAUAAAUGGCGUUAUAAAAAUUGGAAAAAUGAACAAACAUUACGCAGUGUAGAAAUGUAUGGUGAAUAUAAUCCAGAAGAAUAUGCCGCAGACAUUUCACCAUGUCCAUUGUUAAUGCUUGUUGCUGAUAAUGAUACAGUAACAUUUACAGAAGAUGAAAUUGAAUUGUUUGAAACAAAAAUUGGUGAACCAAAAAAAUUAGUUAAAUUUAAUGGUGAUCAUUUUUCAGCAUAUAAAGAACAAUUUCAACUUACAUCAAAAGAAGCAAACGACUGGUUUAUAAAAUAUUUACAAUCUUAA